AUGGACGACUACAUGUUCCGCCACUACGUCGACGAGUGUCGCGUCGUGGAAGAGGCGACGAGCUACGUCGAAAUCUUCAAUUACUCGGACCCCUUCUACAACACGUGCGAGGAGCAUGCCCUCUCGACCGAAGACUUUGACAAUUUCCUGCAGCGGCGGGGGGCCUUUUUGCCGCCGGCCAAGAUGCGAGACGGCACGAGGCUACUGAGCGGCAUCCGUCUUGUAGUCCAAAAGAACGCCAAAGACAGGGACACGUUCACGCCCAAGGUCGUCUCCCUGCCCCGGAACUCGUACGAGAAAAUGGUCAGGGUGCUCAAGCUGCCCUUCCGAGCCAUCGAGACAACCGCGGUCGUCGGGCCAUUUUUCUGGUGUGCCUACGACCAGGACGACGACGAACCCCAUCUGCAAAUCGUCCAUCGCAAGUCUGAUGUCCGUAAAAAGGGCAAGACGCGUGGCUGGGAGCUGAUGCUCUCCCACUCCUUCAAGACCAACAUCACCACCGGCUUCGUCAAGGGCACCGCCAGCUCCGACGUCGUCAUGGCCCUGCAGCACCUGCGCGCCUGCGCCGCCCAGGUCGGCCACCCCAUGCUGCUGCCCAUCAUCCUCCUCUCCUACGACCUGUCGCCCGCCAACGACCAGAAGCAGCGCGACGCGCGUGACUGGACCCGACGCCUCGAAAACGCCGUCAGCCUGCGCGACGAGGUGGAGCAGCACGAGCAGUACUUCCCCGACGGGUUGCUAGAGGUCGACGGCCUCAACAGGGACCUGGUCGAGUGCCACGGCCACGUCAUGUGGAAGCGGCCGCAGGCCUACUGGGCCCUCGUCAAGGGCAUGGAAAAGGCCAUGGAGAGAUUCCACGCAAAGUGGGCCGUCAUCAACAGCCCUGACGGACGCACCAUGGACCACGAGGAACUGGCGCACCGCAAGGAGGUGGACAAGCUGCACAGAAGCAUGUCGGCCAGGCUCGAGUUUUACAAGGUCAAGCUCAAGGGACUGGAGAACUACAUACACACCACCCUGGCGCGAUUAAAGGUGCAGCGCGAGGCGCUGUACAACAUCAUGUCGCAGCGCGAGGCGCGGCUCAAUCUCGAGAUUGCCGGAGAGCAACGGCGAAUCGCCCACGCCAGCAAGCGCGACAGCACCGCCAUGAAGACAAUCUCCCUAAUGGGCGCCCUCUUCCUGCCCGGCACAUACCUCGCCUCCGUCUUUAGCAUGACCUUUUUCAACUUUCAAGCUGGCUCCACCCCGCACGUCGCGUCGCAGUUCUGGAUCUACUUCGCCGUCACCAUCCCCCUCACCGCCGCCAUUGUUCUCUCCUGGUGGUGGUUCGACCGCCGGCGCGAGGCGCAGUACGCAAAGGACGACGAGGACCUCGAGAAGAACAUUGACAAGAUGGAGCGGGAAAUCAUGUUCCACCUGCGCAAGAGGACCAUGAGCAAGGCCCACACCUGGAACUCCAUCAGCUCGCCCGUUCGGUCCUAG